AUGGCAGCUUUCCUCAAGAAUAUCCUUGGGGGCAGCGAGUCGGCUGCGUCUCCAGCUCCAUCGGCUGAUUCGGACUUUGCCGACUUUGCAGAAGCUCCUUCACCAUCGCCUGUCCCGUUCGAAGCUAUUCCCGGCGGUGCGACGCUGUCAGGCGCUGGCGCGGCUGCGACGACCGUGCCGUGGACAAAAUGGUACAACAUCCAUGAGCGGCACAGCAUCUCUGAGUUCAAGGCUGAAGGAGUGAUCCUCGCCCUGAUCGUCGUCAUUUUUACGCUUCACUUCGCCGGUACUCGAUUCAACAAAGCAAAAGCACGAGCGUGGAUUAAGGCCCAUUCACCUAUCCUCAACUCCGAAUUCGCCGUCGUUGGUUUCAGCGGCACACCGAGUGCCGAAUUGCAGCAGCCAGAGAAGCUGCUCAAGGAGAAGAGCUUGUUUGAAUACGCGACCUACGCGACUGGCCGACAGAAUGUUGCUUUUAUGGACGUCAAGCUCACCUUGAAGAAGCGCUUCAACCCUGUCAUGCUCUUUAUUGAGACAGCGAUGGGCUUCUUGUUUGACAGCUUCGGCAUGCCCGAGGAAUUCAUCGAAGCCAUCAUCUACCCCUUCGAUGGCAAGGAGGCGCAAAUCGUGCCUGCUCUCCCGGGUGCUGCCGAAAUCCGCAGCAAGGACUCGAAGAGUACCUUCGACGCUUUUGUUUGGGCUAUUGUCCAUAAGGACCAGAUGAAGAAGACCCGCGAUGACCGAUACGAUGUUUCCCUCACCUUCACCAAGGAUAACCCCAAGCUUCCUAUUUGGUUGACUGUCAUGAGCGAGAGCGCCGAAAUCACCGAUGCCAUGUUGACUAAGGAGCUCAUUUCGGCGGUCGAGAAGGCUGGCGAUCUGUUCGAGUCACUGAUUAUCACUGAUCAACCAGUCGACAAACCUGCCAAGGUCGAAGAAACUGCUCCGCGAAAGCGCAUCUACCUCAAGUACCGCCUUCCCCCAUCCAACAACUACGAUGAUCUGGCCUCACUAUUCAGUGCCUUCCUGCGUAUUCCCGACCUCCUUGUGUCAUCAGCUCACUUCCGUCCUGAGGUCUUGAGAAAGGUCAAAACAAUCCGCGAUGACAUGAUCAAGCAAAUUGAAAGGGUACAGGAUGAAGAGAAGGCAGAGGAAAGAGCUCUAGAGCGCGACAAGGCUAAGAAGGCCAAGCGCGAUGCUGAGCUCAAGGCUUUGGACGCUAAGGCCCAGAAGAAGUACCUCGACAAGGAGAAGGAGAAGCAGAUGCGAAAGGCGUCCAAGAAAUCGACAGUUAGAGCAUAG